GAAAGUCUUCACAGGAUGUCUCGCUUAUAUAUUCUGGCUGACUUGAUUGUGUGUGUCCCGGUGACAGGCACGGUAACAGUCUGGAGAUCCGGGAGCGGAGCUCACGAAGAGGAGCGCCCGAUAGCAGCGCACACCCGUCGGCUUUCAGGUGGAGGUGGAAGACCACAGGAAGGACGGAGGAGACAGACACAUAAACAACAUCCAAGGAAGAUGGCACUAGCCAGAGAUCCAGGGGCAGGCCAGGAGCAGAGAGAUGCAGCUGACCAAAACUUUGACUACAUGUUUAAGCUGCUGAUCAUUGGCAACAGCAGCGUGGGAAAGACCUCCUUCCUGUUCCGCUAUGCAGAUGACUCCUUCACUUCCGCCUUUGUCAGCACAGUCGGCAUCGACUUCAAAGUCAAGACCAUCUACAGGAACGACAAGAGGGUCAAACUUCAGAUCUGGGACACAGCAGGGCAGGAACGCUACCGGACCAUCACCACAGCUUACUACAGAGGAGCCAUGGGGUUCCUGCUAAUGUAUGACAUAACGAGCCAAGAGUCGUUCUGUGCUGUACAGGACUGGGCAACUCAGAUCAAGACAUACUCGUGGGGCAACGCUCAAGUAGCGCUGGUGGGCAAUAAGCUGGACUUGGAAGAAGACCGGCAGGUCCCCUCUGAAGAUGCCAAAAGACUGGCUACAGAGCUCGGCUUCCAGUUCUUCGAGGCCAGUGCCAAAGACAACAUCAACGUGAAGAAGGUUUUUGACAAGCUGGUGGACGUCAUCUGUGAGAAUAUGAGCGAGAGCCCGAACGGCGAUGCCAGUGGGUCAGUCAGUAACAAGGCCGACCUGAAGGAGACGCCCCACAGCAGCCAGCGUGGCUGCGCAUGCUGAUAGCUGACAAUGAAAAUUCAUAGAAAACUGGUUUCAUAGUCACACACACACAUGCACACACAAAUACACCGCAGAUUGUCAAAGAUCUAUCAUUGUGAAUGUACUUUACCAUAUGUUACUGCAAUACUAUCAUGGAUGAUUGGCUUCCCCCCUUUUAUUUUAUCUUUUCCCAACGUGGCCACUCUUCAUCAUAAUUUGAAUGUGACUGUUACACUGAGAUGCCAAAGAGCUGCACUGAGCGGCUGUGCCUUUUUGCCCGACGCCUCUGCUUUACUAUUUCUUGUCUAGUGGGUGAAUAGCACCUGUUGCAGGUGAGGAUGUGAAUGAAAGGUAAUGAACAAAAUCAGCAUGGCAUUGGGAUCACUGUGUGUUUAUUUACUUGAGUCAUGCUACCCCCUUGUGGGUGUUGCAUGAAAAUGCAUCACUCUCACUCAUUACUGCACACUGUAUGUCCUGUCCUGCCCCAUUUAAUCCUGCUGAGGAAGUUGGCUCGCUAACUGUUACAGUACUAAGUCAAACAUACCUGAUUGGUGCUGUGUCAUUCACAACAUCAUUCAUGUUAGUAGUCCAGACUUGUUAUUACUGUCUUGGAGGGAUAUUUGUAUUUACUUUUAAUUUAUAUUUUUCUGUUGUUGUUUGCUCUUUUUGUACCUUUAAAGGUUAAUGCUAUGUUCAGUAUUUCCUUUGCCAGGUUGUUUGUGUCCCGUUAAGAGUUGAGAUUAAAAGAUGUGGAUCUAUACAGUA